AGUAGAAGAGAUGGCGCAACGCGGGCUAGCCGAAGAGGCGACAGGAUCGCGACGUUUGAAGUAGAAGAGGCGGUCUUGAGGUGUCGGAUACUCUUAUCUUUCCCCCUCUUCCGCUUUUGCCUGAAACCCUCUUGGCAAAAGGAGGAGGAGGAGGCCGCGAUUGAGGCUUGCAGGCAAAGCAUCGGAGGAUGUCCAUUUGAAAGGCAUGUUAUGCUGUUGUAAAAGAUUCAAGUUUCUUUGGAGACUGUUGAAAGACCAAUCCUAUGAAGGAAAUUCCAUCUUUGUUCUCUUUGUGUGUGAAGACAAUCACAUGGAAUCUCAUGCAUGGGUUUGGGCAAUUACAAGACCUCUUUGAACUUCCAUCAAUAUUUCUUGAUGAAUUAUUGACGGUCCUUCCCCCAUUGGCUUUGCAAAAUAUUCAUGAGCUGUUAGACAGAUCAAUUGGCAGCACUACCAAGGAAGCAUCCAUAGUCAACAGGAUCAAUAUUAGAAGGAAACGUGGGAGGUACAAUGAAUUAAAUACAGCAUGGGAGGCUUUGUAUAAGAAGCGUUGGCCUGGAAGUACUAAGAAAAAACAGCAGUCUAGUUGCACAAUGGCAUAUCAUGGCAUGAAAUCACAUGAAUCAACUGCUCCUGUUAUUGACUGGCAGCAGCUUUACUGGGAGAGGCAUCUACAGGACUGCUUGGAUGCAGUUACUGAGCAAGCCUUACUUCCUGCAUUUGACGGUAAUAUUGCUAAACUGGAGAUACCAGAUAACAUCAUGAGUUUGAUUGGUCAUGUUGGAAUUGGGGCGUGCAGCUGUUCAAGUUUAUCAUACCACUGCAUCAAGUUUGGGUGCUAUGCUAGAUAUGUGAGACUUCACAACGUUAUUUGUCAUGAAGAAAUUUUUGAUUUGUUGAGGACAAGCAAGUUGGAAGCUCUAGUGUUUCGGAGAAUACUAUCUGGAAAUAAAGUUGAUGAAGUGUGCAAGCUUAUUAAACAAAAUAGUUUGACUUUGGUAUCUAUUGAACUAGUUUAUUGUAGACUUUCUCCCUCGGAUGUGGACAUGAUUUGCAGCUCUGUUUAUAGCAAGGAAAUUCAUAAUCAUGGCAUCCAGUAUUUUUCUAUUAAAUCUUCAAUUAUUAUUGGAAGUAACUCAUCUUCUAUUCCUAACGGGCUCUCAUUCUUUCUAUCAUCAGGAAGAUCACUUCGUUCGGUUUGCUUUGCUGAUACCCACAUGGGUUUAAAGUCCACUGAGGCCAUAAUUGAAACCUUAAUUCAGUCAAGUAGUUUAGUAAACCUCGAGUUAUCGGGAAAUGAGCUCGAAGGUUUGCUUUCCAAAAUUGGCAGGAGAUACACAAGUUUAUCUCCCGUUCCAGAAUCAAAUACGUACUUUCAGUCAUUGGUUGAACUCAAUUUGAGGGGUAGCAAUUUACACAAUAAUGAUAUGGUGGGCCUCCAGCACAUGUUGGUUAGCAUGCCGAAGUUACUGAGAUUAGAAUUGAGUGACAAUCCGAUUGGGGAUGAAGGGAUCAGGACAUUAAUCCCUUUUUUUGUCAAAGCUUUUAAAGAGACUUCUCAAGUUUCCGAAAUUUGGUUGGAGAACUGUGAUAUUUCAGGGGCAGGAGUGUCUGAACUUUUGCAAAGCCUGAAGAAAUGUCAGCUGAAGACACUAUCUUUCGCAGAAAAUGAUCUUGGGAGUUCUGUGGCAGCACCUCUGGCCAACUUUUUGGGCUCUUCUCGGAUAAGAAAUCUUAACAUUGAAGGUAUUGGAUUGGGAUCCUUUGGUUUCCAGGAGCUUGAAAGAAAAAUGCUGGAAGAGACGGCGCUUGCUCAUCUUAACAUAAGCAAAAAUCGUGGUGGGAUUGAAGCGGCCCAUUUCAUUUAUCAUAUUAUCUCCAAAGCUCCAGAUAUUGUAUCAAUCAAUGCAGGAUCUAAUUUAUUACCUCCCGAGUCAUUGUCAAUCAUAGAAGAUGCACUGAGGAAAUCUAAUGGUAAACUGGAACAAGUGGACUUAACCGGAAACACUUCAUUGUGCUCGCCCAACACUAAAUCGGUAAUUUCCCAGUUCCAGUUUCGGGGAAAUCCCAUCAUAAGACUUCCGUCAUUUUGCCCCAGUAGUUCUGCUUAUGAUGAUGAUCCAUAGAAGACAGUUCAACAUUUGCAGUGAGGAAAUCAAAUUCAUCAUUCCAGGUAAUAAAUUUAUGUAUAGAAGUUUCGGUGAUGUUACUUUUUCAGGUCAAAUCUUAAAUUUUAUUUUCAGUUUUGAGUGGCAUAAUGCCUUUGUCUUGUAAGAUGCUGUAACCUCUAUUUCAAGAGAAUUGUAGAAUUUAUUCGCGCAAAUAGAGGAAAAAUUAUUACGUCUGGUGUUUGCGUGUCGGGACAACGAAAACAAUCUGGCCAUGCAAAAUGAACAGUGACAUGGCCAUUGUCUAAACGUGUGGUUCACUGGACAUAAUAAUUUUUCCAAAUGGAGGCCCCCUAAUGACCCGUCUCCAAGAUCAUGUUAUUCUUUCAGGAAUUAUUGGAGUUGUUGCGGUUGUUAA